AUGUAUGAGAAUAUGGUUUUGGGAGUUGAUAUUGGAGGUGGGUCUACUGAGUUUGUGAUUGGGAAGCAGGGAAGAUAUGUUUUUGGUGCUUCAUUGAAGUUGGGGCAUGUGAGUUUGACCCAGAAAUUUGGGAACAGUGUUGGUCAGAUUAAGGAGCAUAUUAGGGUCCUCUGGAAGGAUUGGAGGUUGAGUAGAGGAGAAGUGAAGGGUGUUGUUGAGAGUUUGUGUGGUGGAGGAGAGGGAGAGAAGAUAAGGAGAAAGAAGUUCUUUGAAAGGCGGUCUGAUUUUAUUGUUGCUGGGUCUGUGUUGUUGGAGGAGAUAUUUGAGGUGCUUGGAAUUGAGGAGAUGGAGGUUUCUGGUUAUGCAUUGGCAGAAGGUGUUAUUGCAGAAAGUUUGGCUAAGGUUGAUGGUGGCUAUGCUUUGACUGCCAAUGCAAGUUGGUCAUCUGUUGUUCAGCUUGCAAUGUGGUAUAAUGGCAAGAAGAGGAUGAAAGCUGCUGCUCAGUGUGCAAUCACUGCAAAGAAGAUUUUUGAAGGUUUAAGAAAAUGUGAUGACCUAGCUGAUAAUCAAUUUGCUGCCUCCCUCGAUGACAAGGAUCUUGAAUAUCUUGAAGCUGCAAGUUUGCUGCACAAUAUUGGGGUUUUCACAGGAAAAAAAGAUUACCAUAAGCACUCUUAUUGUAUUAUCAUGAUUGGCGAGCAUCUCCAUGGUUACAGUUCUGAGGAGGUUAAGCUGAUAGCACUACUUGCAAGACAUCAUAGGAAGAAAUUACCAAGCUUUGAUCAUACUUACUUUAAACAGUUUUCAGUAGAGAUCACAAAGAAAUUCAGAUUUCUGUGCUCAAUCCUCUGUUUUUCUGUUGCGCACUACGACAAAUGGAAUUCUCAAAAUCCUAAAAAGAGACCAUUGGAGUUCUAG